CUCCAGCGCCUCCCCUGAGGGCAGCCCAGAGUGAGCGAGGGGAGGCGCCUCACAGUACCCGAGAGUGGGUCGUGACGGGGAGAAUCCAGCCGGCAUACGAGCAGUGCAAAAACACCUGUUAAACUUCGAGGAUUUGUGGGACGAAUAAUGCAAAAUACGUGGUAAACUUCAAGGAUUUGUUGGACUGCCCCCACACCCCCCCCAGCCACCACCACCCCCGGUUUCUGAGGCGCUGUGUAAAAGCUGCUAAAUCGCCGCUUAACUCCGCAGUGGUCACUUGGGAAAACCCAGGACCUCGGAUGCGGAGAUAAAUUAGGACCGCAGGGGGUAUAGUCUGCCAAAUAUUCAAGGGACUGCUGCUGUCUGCAAGGAGGCAAACGCAGAUUUUAGUCAAAGGCAUGACUGAGUCGUGUGUGCUGGAAGAAACCCCAUGGAGUAAGAGAUGAUCAUUGAAGGGAAAGGCUGGUUUUUGGAUCCAGAAGCAUCUGUGACCAGCAGUUUGGAUGAGAAGCAGAAGCAUUAGUGUGAAGGAUGAAAGAUCAUUUAAAAUAGGAAUAAGAUACUGCUUCAAUUCCAGGCUCAGAAAUCCUUCUCAGUUUUAAGGAUUACAGAGGCACGAGGUGGAGUCUUGUACUUCUGAGAAAGGAUAUACAGUUGCUGGCACUUGCCCACUCUGAGGAACAAGGAUCUGCACUCAAAAAAAGGUAGAAAACAAUCCAAAGUGAAGAAUCCUAGAGGACCCCCCUUGAGAGCUGAAAGCCACCCAUCCCUCAUGUGAAAGACACUCCUUUGCACUGUUUCUAACAGGUUGCAGUUACUGUAAGUUAAAAUGAAUGUGUUGCCUCAAGCGAUCAUACAAAGCCCAGGGGAGCAUCCCAGGUUCGUAAAGCAGCCUGUUUGCCCCCCAUUAGACUUUGCAAGGAUUCAUUUGAUCAAAGACAAAGAUGGCAUAGAUGAUUAUUUGGCGAAGAAUAUCAAAGGGUUGUCAAAACAAGAAGCUGCCGCUAACAGGAAUUCAUACACGAAGAACAUCUGCAUAGACAUGCUGCGACGGGGUUAUCACAAGUCCUUCUCCGAGCUCUUCACUCUGAUACAGAAGUGGAAUGCCUUGAGGGAGGCUGCAGGGCCUGGGUCAGCCAUAUGGCAUGAGAAGUCCCUGGAGGAGCAGCCUGAUAAGCUGGAUCAGCUUUACCACUUCCUGACCAGGGCUGAGGCAGCCCAGCGAGCAGGGCUCUAUGAGGAGGUGUACGAUAACCAGCUUAACUUGGCCUGCUCUUUUGAAGACCCUGAGGACAAAUGGUUAAGUGAAUACUUUUAUGAGCAAUGCUUUAACACUGCUAAAUUAGUAAAAGUUGAUGGUGGGAAGAGAAAGGCACAAGCACAUGUAAACAUGGGCCUCAUCAAUGAGGGACGCGGUCAUGUCAUGGAAGCUGCUGAGCAUUAUGAAGCAUUUUAUCAGCUAACAGAGGGAUCAUCAUGGACGGAUGAGACAGGCCAUACUUACAAUUUACUGGCAUGUGAGCAUCUCUGGAGAAUUUAUACAUUACUAGCAGACAAAAUGCUAGAAAAUAAAGAACACCAAGAGGCCAUCAAAACACUAAUAAAAGCUUUAAAGAUGGCAAAAGAAGCAGGUAAUGUGAAGAUGGAAGGAGAAGCUGCAUAUUGCUUAAGUUUGGCAUAUCAUUUUUCUGGAGAACAACAGACAGCAUUAUCAAUUUUGAACACCUCUUUAGCAAUAUUCACAGCACUUCGUGAUUCUGCUGGCCUGGGCAGAGCAUAUGCAGCUGCAACCAAGAUCCUGGCAAGUCAGGGGAAGUCAGCUGAAACUUUGAAGUACUUGGGAGAGUUUAUGAAGGAUGCUGAGAACGCUCAUCUAAGCCAAAGCGUGGUGGAUGCAAAUGUAUUACUUGGGAAAGUUCACAAUGAAAGAGGGAACUAUAUUGAAGCUUUUGAAUAUUUCAGUCAGGCUUCUGAGGCAGCCAAAUCUUUAAACAGUGUGCCUUUAGUGGAUGAAACAAAGGCUUACUGUGGCAUUGCAAAGGCUCAUCAGCUGAUGGUGGCAUUUAACAGCCAUGUAGCAGCAGAAGAUCCAGUCAGCCUCAAGUACCUGCUGGCAUGGAAGGAAAACAGAAGUGACAUGUGCGCUGACCCUCUUACAGUCGAACUUGAUAAAGAAACAAAUGCCUCAAAGCCUCUGUGAGCCUCUGUCCAAGACACCAGUUCUAGUUCCUUCCUGAGGAUGCCUCCUUACUGACAGAGGAGCUGAUAGAUGUAUAAUGAGUACAGGAAGAUCCUUGAGGAGACAUGCAACAAAGUAGGAAUUUUAGUAGGGAUUUUGUUGUUAAAAUGGGAGCAAAGCGUUGCAGUACAAAUAUCUGAGAGCUCUAAGAUUUUUUAUGACUGAAAUGUGGCUUCAAUGUGUAUUACAUGUUUUUAUCAAAAAUAGCUGGUGUUGUUGAAAUAAAUAAAAAAAAA